UUUCUUUUCAUGCAUGGCUUUUGAGAUUUGAGAAACCUAAUUCCUAAUAUCUCCUCAUAAAUACUUAUGUUAUAGUUUCAUGUGCUUUGGCAUGUUAUUAACUUCUUUUAGUAUGUAUUUAAGUAUUCUCCGGCAAAUUUAAGUCUUUUCCGGUCGCCGGAAAAUCUUUACUCCCCAUCUGGUUUCAUGGAUUAUUGGAUCGCCGGUUUCUUGGUUUUGACGGCCGGAGUUCUACUCCUUUCAUGGCUCUGGUUCCGUUUAACAAACUCAAAAACAAGAGAUGAAGACAAACAAGAAGAGAGUGAGAAGAAGAAGGGAAUGAUUCCGAAGGGAAGUUUAGGAUGGCCGGUGAUCGGAGAAACCCUAACCUUUAUUGCUUGUGGAUAUUCUUCUCGGCCUGUUUCCUUCAUGGACAAACGAAAGUCUUUGUAUGGGAAGGUGUUCAAGACGAACAUAAUAGGGACACCAAUCAUAAUAUCAACCGAUGCAGAAGUUAACAAAGUGGUGCUCCAAAACCAUGGGAACACAUUUGUCCCUGCAUACCCUAAAUCAAUCACUGAACUACUUGGAGAAAACUCUAUUCUCAGCAUCAAUGGAGCUCAUCAAAAGAGGCUACACACUCUCAUUAGCGCGUUCCUUAGAUCCCCUCACCUCAAGGAGAGGAUCACUCGAGACAUUGAGGCCUCGGUUGCUCUCACUUUAGCUUCUUGGUCUCAACUUCCCUUGGUUCAUGUCCAAGAUGAGAUCAAAAAGAUGACGUUUGAGAUACUAGUAAAACUGCUGAUGAGCAUAUCUCCUGGUGAAGAUUUGAAUAUUCUUAAACUAGAGUUCCAAGAAUUCAUCAAGGGUUUGAUUUGUAUCCCCAUCAAAUUCCCUGGCACUAGACUUCAUAAAUCCUUAAAGGCCAAAGAAAGGUUAAUAAAGAUAGUUCAGAAGGUUGUGGAGGAGAGACAAGUGACUACGACCGAGAUGCCAAAUUCUCCAGCAAAUGACGCGGUGGAUGUGCUCUUAAGAGACGUUAAUGACGGUGGUUGUUCGGAUAAGCAAUCUCACCCGUUAGAUUUCAUCAGUGGAAAGAUCGUAGAGAUGAUGAUACCCGGAGAAGAAACGAUGCCAACGGCGAUGACGUUGGCUGUCAAAUUUCUAAGUGACAAUCCCGUCGCUCUAGCUAAACUCGUGGAGGAGAAUAUGGAGAUGAAGAGGCGUAAAUUGGAGUCGGGAAAAGAAUACGGUUGGUCAGAUUAUAUGUCUCUCUCUUUUACUCAAAAUGUGAUAAAUGAAACGUUGAGAAUGGCUAAUAUCAUUAACGGUGUGUGGAGGAAGGCUCUUAAAGAUGUGGAAAUAAAAGGUUACUUGAUACCAAAAGGAUGGUGUGUAUUGGCAUCAUUUAUAUCAGUUCACAUGGAUGAAGAUAUUUACGAGAAUCCCUAUCAAUUCGAUCCGUGGAGAUGGGAUAGGAUUAAUGGAACGGCAAACAGUAAUAUUUGCUUCACACCCUUUGGUGGUGGGCAAAGGCUAUGUCCCGGUUUAGAACUAUCUAAGCUCGAAAUUUCCAUCUUUCUUCACCAACUCGUAACCCGGUUCAGUUGGACAGCCGAGAAAGACGAGAUCGUGUCAUUUCCAACGGUCAAGAUGAAACGGAGGCUUCCGAUCCGAGUGACUCCGGUCGAGAGAACCUCUCCUAUCUCAGUUGAAGAUCAUUAGCUAAUAUAUCCUUGAAAAGAAGCAAGUGUUUAGGCAAAAAGAAGGAGAGAAGCAAACAAAUAUAUUUUAAAAAUAUAGCAAACAAGAUUGGAGAGUAAGAGCAGAAAGAGCCAUACGUACAGCUAGUGUGGCUCAACGAGCAGAAAGAGACUCUAAUUAUUUAUAUUUUUUGUCAUGUCAAAUUAUAAGCGUUGGUACUUGGUUAGGUUGUCCCUUUCUCUUUUAUUAUCGUAUCAAAGCCAAACGCAACUUGAGAUAUGAUUCCAUAGAUAUGUAUGGUUUUCGUGUAAAUUGAUAUAAUCCUAGGCAUGUCUCAGUUAAAAUCUCUAUCUAGUUUUUUACUUUUAAUUUUUUUGU